AUGAAAUCAUCAUCCAUUUUCCGAGAAAGUUCAGAGAAAACAGAGAGAUGGAUGAUGAAAAACAAGGGAAGGUUAUCACCAUUUCUCUUGUCUUCUCUUUGUAUAACUAUUGUCUUCACAGGCUUCUUCGUCUUCCAUCAGAAUCCUUUUAUCUCCGAUCAAAACUUUCUCACCCUCCAACCUCAAAUCGAUCCUAAGUGUGAUUUGUUCAAGGGACAUUGGGUUCCAGACAAAAGAGGAUCUCUCUACACCAACUCAAGCUGUUCUACGCUUCCUGACUCAAAGAAUUGCAUAAAACAUGGAAGAUCAGACAGAGACUUCUUGUUCUGGAGAUGGAAACCUGAUGGCUGCGAUCUCCCUAGGUUUAAUCCCAAGGCGUUUCUCACUAUGGUUCGAGGCAAGAAGAUGAGUUUCAUCGGUGAUUCUGUAGCAAGAAACCACAUGGAAUCUCUUCUUUGCUUGUUGUCAAUGGAAGAAACUCCAAAGGAUAUCUACAAAGAUGGAGAAGACAGAAACAGGAUUUGGUACUUUCCUAAACAUGAUUUCACUCUCUCUACUUCUUGGACUAAGUUUCUUGUGGAGGAACAUGAACGUGUAGAUGGUAACAAGAAGGGAACUGGAUUGUUUGAUAUAGAUAUUAGCAAGAUGGAUGAAGGAUGGUCUAAUGGUUUGCCAAACACAGACAUUGCUAUUGUCUCGGCUGCUCACUGGUUCUUCAGACCAAUAUUCAUACACAGAGGAGAUGAAACCCUAGGUUGCAUCUACUGUAACGUACCAAACAUGACACAGCUUAGUCCUGACCAAGGGUUUAAACUUGUCUACUCAUCUGUCUUCAAACACAUAAACGAGUGUGAGAAUUGCAAGAAAGAUUUAGUCACAGUCAUGAGGACUAUCUCACCAGCCCAUUUCGAGAACGGGACUUGGGAUACAGGAGGAUCAUGCAGGAGGACAAGCCCUUUUGGUGUUAACCAAAUAGACCUGCAGAGCAACGAGAUGAAGAUCAGGGCGUCUCAGAUUGAACAGAUUGAACUCAUAACAGAACGAGACCACAAGGCAAAGAAGAAGUUUGGCGUUUUGGAUGUGACUAGGGUUAUGCUGAUGAGACCUGACGGCCAUCCGAAUAGUCACUGGGGUAACAAAUGGAUGAAAGGUUACAAUGAUUGCGUCCACUGGUGCUUGCCUGGACCAAUAGAUGCGUGGAACGAGUUUCUAAUGGCGAUACUUAGACAGUUAAGAUGA